CAAAGCUGAAGUCCCUUUAGCUCGGGGUAUUCGAAGUGCUCUAGCAGUUCAGUUCGGUUCGAAGUAAGUGUUCUCCUGUCCAUAGGAAAAAAGUGGUCAUAAAUUAGUGCAUUUUCUGCGCCCAAUUUCUCCAGGAACUUGCUCCGGAUAUUUGUUUGUGACAUUCGUCCCAUUAACUGUUAAACAAAGAAAAUGGCAGAGAAACCAAAACGCCCGCUGUCGGCGUACAUGCUGUGGCUUAACUCAGCCCGCGAGCAGAUCAAGAAGGAGAACCCCGGCAUCAAAGUCACCGAAAUUGCCAAGAAGGGUGGAGAGCUGUGGCGUGGAAUGAAGGACAAGAGCGAGUGGGAAUACAAAGCCGCCAAAAUGAAGGAUGAGUACAACAAGCAGAUGCAAGACUACGAGCGAAACGGCGGCAGCAAGGAAACCGUCACCAAGAAAAAGAAAGGUGCUAAGAAAGUUGCCAAAAAGAGCAAAAAGAAGGAUUCGGAGGAUGAAGAUGACGAGUCUGGAGAUGAGAGCGACUGAACUAAUCACUAACCUUAAAAUAAUUACUUUUAAUUUAUUGUGUAAAUGUUCGGGGCCUUACUUCAGCAACAAAUCACUACGGCAUCUUUCACACACCAAAACUACCAUCACCUCUCUACACACUUCAGACAAAAUGUAUCAUUGUCGUCUCCCCCGCGGUCUACUAUCCUGCGCCCCGUCAGUUCAAUAACAAACAGAUGAAAACAAGCUUUGUCAGCAUUAACAUACUCUCUCUCUCCCCCCCCUUCACCUAAAUCCGCACUACUCGUAACACGGCCACGCCAAUUUACACAAAAUGGAGAAGAAAAAACAAACUAAACGUAAAAUGACAUGUGAAAAAUAGAGUUUUACCUAUUGAAAAAAACCAACAAAACCAGGCUAGUAG